AGGGUAUCAAAGUAUAAGAAAUAUAAAGAUUACGGGUCCUGAUAUUCAGCUAACUAUUAGGAGGAAAAUACACAACCGAAACUGAAGUAACUGACUGAGUGAAGAACAAUAAUGAAGAGUUUUAAGAAACUUUUCACGAGUAAACCAAAAACACAUAACCCUGAAUCUAGUUUUAAGAUUGGAGGAAUGGGUUCACUUAAAGUACUUGAUGUCAUUCCUUCUCCUGAAGAUGACUCUCACAAACUCAAGAAAGCUUUUCAAGGGUUCGGAACAGAUGAGGAUGGGAUAAUUGAGAUAUUGGGACACAGGGAUGCAAAUCAAAGGAAGAAGAUUAGAGAAACUUAUCACCAGCUUUACAAUGAAACUCUCAUUGAUGCUCUUAAGUCUGAACUUUCUGGUGAUUUUGGAAAAGCAGUCAUUCUUUGGACAUAUGAUCCAUCCGAGAGAGAUGCUAGACUGGCAAAUGAAGCAUUGAAGUCAAAGAAGAAGGGUAUCAAGCAUCUCGAGAUCAUUGUUGAGAUGUCAUGUGCGUCGUCUCCUCAGCAUGUUGUGGCAGUAAGGCAGGCUUAUUGCACUCUCUUCGAUCAUUCAGUCGAAGAAGACAUCGUAGCUUCACUACCUCCGCCUCUCAGAAAGAUUUUGGUGGGCCUAGUGACAUCCUACAGAUAUGACAAGGAAGUGGUGGACAAUGAUGUGGCAAACUUAGAGGCAGAUAGGUUACAUGAGGCUAUCAAAACCAAGGAUUUGGCCCAUGAUGAUGUAGUUUUUAUACUUUCCACAAGAAACUUCUAUCAACUCAGGACUACAUUUGCAUGCUACAAGAAAAAACAUGGAAAUCCUAUUGAUAAGGACAUCGAGAAAUCUGGGAAGGGUGAUUUGGAAUCACUUGUGAGAAUGGUUAUUUUGUGCAUUGAUUCCCCAGAGAAGCACUUUGCAGAGGUUGUAGGAACUUCAAUCAUUGGACUGGGAACCGAUGAAGAUUCACUGACAAGAGCAAUAAUAAGCAGAGCAGAAAUCGAUAUGAUGAAAGUAAAAUCAGAAUAUUUGAACAUUUAUAAGUCCAGUCUCGAUGAUGCAGUUACGGGGGAUACUUCUGGAGAUUACAGGAAUUUCUUGGUCACCUUACUUGGUGGAAAAAUCUGAUUGAUUCUUUCAUUCAGUCUGUCAUAUAUAUAUAUAUAUACUGUUUGAAUUCGUGAACCAUGGAUUGUUUAUAUUGGUAUUUCAAUGGAUAUUGUUUUCUUUUUCAGAUAUUGAAUUUGAAAGCCUUCAUUGUUUGAAUGUUA